AUGGGGUGCACCACGUCGAAUUCAUCUCGCCCGGAGUCUACCAUCAAAAACACUUGCAAUGAAAAAAAGCCUGCCGAUUCUUGCCUCAGCUUGGAACAAAAACAUCUGGUGAAAAAAACAUGGAGAUACCUAUCUCAGAAUAUACUAGGACGAGGGACGAAGACAUUCCUGCGUAUUUUCGAGGUAAGUCCACACGUAAAAGCGUUGUUUCCUAACCUGGUAGAUAAGGAGGGAGAACACCUGAGCAACGAUACCAGUUUUCAAGGUCACGCCACCCGAUUCAUGCAGAUAGUUGGUGCUGUCGUAGACAACAUAGACAACCUAGAUGAUGCUGUAUGUCCCAUUCUUAUCGGUCUUGGGCGCCAACACAUUCAUUUCAGUGACUUUAAACCAUCUUACUUUGAUGCCUUUAAGGACGGUAUGGCAUACACUUGGAAGGACGAUCUGGGGGAAAAGUACAAUGGCAAUACAGAAGAGGCUUGGGACAUUGUGUUCGACUUUAUAAUGGACAAACUGAAGGAAGGAUAUAACCUAGCCGUAGCAGAACAGAAACUGAUUUCAUAA